AUGCGAUCAUGGAUGAGGAGGUUCAGGAAAAGCAGCUUUUGGCCGAGGAAGAAGAUGGAAUGGAGCAGCUUGAAGCCGAGGAGGGACUUGAAGCCGCGCAACUUGAACCUGAUGGAGCUAAACAUAUGGAGCUGGAACCUGACGGAAUUAAAGAGCUUGCAGCUGAGAAGAGCUUGUUUCCAAGGAUUCUGUAGCUGCGCCAAUGGAACUGAUUACUCAUUCUGGAGUGCUAUGGCCUCAGAAGAAGAAGAAGAGGAAACAAGCCGAGAAUCACCAUCAAGCCUCAACGAAGCCAUGCUUGAACAGAUCAAGAAGAUGAUGAUUGAGGAGUUUGAUCGGAGAGAAAAGAUUAAAGAAGGAAAGCGGAAGCAACCUAAGGAUCCGGUCACAUCUAAGAAGAAGCCGAUUGAGGAUCUUAGUGGUUACAUGAUGAUUCCGCCAUUCCAUGGGAACAAUGAUCCGGAUGUAUAUCUGGAUUGGGAGAGGAAGUGCGAGAUUAUCUUCAACCGACAUAACAUAGCUGACAUCAACCGAGUCACAUUAGCAGCUAUGGAGUUCAAGGUUAUGAGGCAGCGGUUCGCUCCCAAUCAUUAUCAGCGUGAACCUCAUUCCAAGAUAAGGAAGCAUAGCGAAGGAACUCGUUCGGUUGAGGAGUACUAUAGUAGCCAUGGGAAGACGAAACCCAAGCAGCCUGACAAGAUCACAAAGCCUUAUCCAAGACAUUUCUCUAAAGAAACCAGUCCUGAACCACAAGAAAGCAUUCAAAGCAAAGGUAAGCAUUCUGUUUCUCAACAAUUACAAGAAUUAACCUUUUGCAGGACCAGGAACAGAGACCACGAUGCUAUGGCAGCAGGAAGUGUCAAAGAAGUGCCAAAGGAUCACGCGGAGAAAGGUUUAGGUGCCAAAGAUGUUUCAGUCCAAACCCCCUGUUACCAACUGCAAGGAAACAAGAAACAAGAAAUUGUUUCAGUCUCUAACAAUGGAAAGGUACAAGCUAAACUUUUUCAAACUGUUUAUGAUGAUUCCAUGACUGGUAUGAUGCACUUGUCUUUCUCCAAAGGUGUUGAGACAGGUACAGGAAGUAGUGAAGAACAAAUGGAGAAAGCAAAUCAAGAAAAGGAGACUCAACCAAACCUGGAUCCGCCAGAAUCUAAACCACCAGACCAACAACUACAAGACCAUGAGUUCAAUCCAGAAGGACCAGAACCGAACAACAAGAGGAAGUCAAAAUCAGAACAAGAAUACAGUCAAGCCAUGCCUACUUCUAAGCUAAGUGAAUUCUUAAACCAACACAUUCAUCCUGUCUUUUUAACUGUCUUAAUGCACUUGUCUUGGUUUAAAGAAGUUGAGAAAGGUACAGCUGAGCAAGAGAGACGCCUAGAAGCUCACAAAGCUUUAACUUGCCAUACCAAGAAGGAGUAUGAGCAACAUGUUCUUAAGUCAAUUGCCGCAGCUGAUUCACUAAUGAGCGUUUUGAAUAGUACACAGGAUCAGGUUUUAUGGAGAAGCAUAAAGAACUGGAAGAAGCAGCAUCAAAGAACAACACAGUCUCAUCUCACGUUCAUCUCAUUCCCUGUUCACCUAUGGUCAACUAGUUUUGAGGACAAAACUUUUUCAAGAGGGAGGGAUGAUGCGAUCAUGGAUGAGGAGGUUCAGGAAAAGCAGCUUUUGGCCGAGGAAGAAGAUGGAAUGGAGCAGCUUGAAGCCGAGGAGGGACUUGAAGCCGCGCAACUUGAACCUGAUGGAGCUAAACAUAUGGAGCUGGAACCUGACGGAAUUAAAGAGCUUGCAGCUGAGAAGGAGCUUGUUUCCAAGGAUUCUGUAGCUGCGCCAAUGGAACUGAUUACUCAUUCUGGAGUUAAUCUUGAGCCAAGAUGGAGAAGACAUGAUCCUAAACCUCCCUGGUUUUUGAUCCAAGCUCAAGAGAUCAGCAAAUGGGCAUGUGUCUCAUUUGUACUCUUUUUCCCUUGUCAAGUUUUGUCCCAAUGGGUUUUCUUGACAAGGUUUUUAAUGAGGCAAAUGGGUCACAUACAAAUCACCCAUUUAGCUGAUCAAGACCAAGGCCCAUCAAUUCUAACGUGGCCAUGA